AUCGGUUUCAGUCUCAAAGUGGAUCCCUUAGUUUCGUUGGGCAAACUUGUCAACAUCAUGACAAAGAUGUGUAUACGUCGGAUUGAUACCAUGGUGAAAGAAGAUCGACGAGGAGAUAAAAGGCCACUAAUUAAGCUUUGUGGAUUUAUUUGACGUAUUGUGGUGGGAAAAGUCUUCUAGAGGAAGAAAGGCUUGCGCAGCUGACGUGAGGGAGGGCCACGUGAACGAAGGAUAUAAAUCCUAACCACGAUUUCCAGGGCGCUGCUUGCAAACGUUCUCAACUGCGGCAAGGUCAGUUCAUCUGGUCGGUCCACAAGGCACACUUAUCAAAUUCAGUAUUCCUUGUUCAGCGAAAAGGUGUGGGGUCCAAAUGAAGCGUGAAAUUACUGAGCAGGUGAAGAAGCUCCGGUCGGGACUUCGUCGGCGCCGACGAUUGAUAAUCUCACCGGUUCUAUAUGCCGAUGGCAGACAAUGUUCUAUCGCUCCUCCGAUGGAUUUUUGUGAUUCGUCGCACUUGACGAGAGAGGUUUCGUGCGACUCUAGCAGAGCUUCGGUGAAUAAGCCUAGAUCUAAGAGAGGUUUUGAGCAGAUCUGUGGCUUCGGACAACGCGAAGAGUUUCGGAGAGUUACUAGGUCUUAUUACAGGCAGAGAAUGAAGGAGAGGAAGGAGAAGGAGGAGGAGGAGGAGGAGAAGAAGAAGAAGAGACUCGUUGAAGGUUGCGACGUGGAAAUAUCAGAGUCCUCCUGCGUUGAGUCGUGUUCCAACCAGAGAAGUUCGCUUUCGAAGAGAAAUACUGACGGAAACGCCCCGAAAUUUGGAGGAGAAGUCGAAGGUUCGGAAGCGAUUUCGAAUUCUAACGUCUCUUGCGUUCAGACGCUUCCUGGUAAAUUUUCCAGGAAAAUUUUCAAGUCCGGAAGAGAAAAAGCAAGAGAUGAGGAAAAUUUACUCGAGAUUAACUUGAAAAAUGUUGUUCAUAGAGUCGAACAGCCUCGAAAUUCCACCGAGGAACCUAGUUUCGCAAUACUGAAUUCAGAAUCGACGUUAGAACAGAAGCCGGAGUUGUUUGCAGACGGAUCUAAUCUUGCUUGUUCUGAGCAUCUCUGUCUCGAAGAUUUAUCAGAUUACUCCUCUACAUUUUCUGAUCUCCAGUCGGAGAUAUUUUACGGAAGUUCAGAAUCGAUAAUGUCCGAUUCUGGAAGCGAGUUUUCAGAACGAUCAGCGGAUAACACGACUCCAACACCUACAUUUGCAUCGUUCCUUCAUUUUCGUACACAAUUCUACGACUCAGCCGUCACUUUGGAUCCCAAGUUCUCUUCACAUUUUGAAGAUGAGCACUCUGUUGGAUUGACACCGUUGAAGUUUGAAGAUGAGGAGCAUGAAAGGAGCUACCAGAUGCUCCGGGAGAGAGAGAGAAGACGGGUGUAUCUACACGACUACGCCGAGGAAUACUGUUCCACGACGGAGUACGGAGAACUUGUCAUCCAGCAAAGACUGCAAAUGGUCCACUGGAUAGUUGAGCAAUCCACUACAAAAGAGCUUCAGAAGGAGACAAUGUUCCUAGGCGUUAAUCUCCUUGACAGAUUCUUGAGUAGAGGAUUCUUCAAAAACAAGAGGAACCUUCAAAUUCUGGGAGUUGCGUGUCUUGUAUUGGCAACCAGGAUCGAAGAAAACCAGCACUUUAAUAGUGUUCGACAAAAGACAUUCACGGUAGAGAGCAAUGUAUACAAACGAAGUGAAGUGGUUGCCAUGGAAUGGCUGGUCCAGGAAGUCCUCAGCUACCAAUGCUUUCUGCCCACCAUCUACAACUUCUUAUGGUUCUACCUGAAAGCUGCAGAUGCAAAUGAAGAGGUGGAAAGAAGGGCCAAAUACCUGGCAGUGUUGGUCCUUCUGGGACACGAACAGUUGUGCUACUGGCCUUCUACCGUUGCAGCUGGGCUUGUCAUUCUUGCUUCUCUUGCAGCACAUCAAGACGCAUCCUGUAACCGUGUCAUCAAGACCCAUCUCAGGACAAAAGUGGACGAUCUUUCUGGAUGCAUAAAGAGACUAAAGUGGUUGGUGAAUUACGCCUGAUAGCAAGAAAGGAGUGGAAAAUACCUCGGUGCUUGUCUCACUAAUGUAAGUCUAUAGACAGAAGAUAUACAUUGUUUUCAAUUGAAUCAUAAAGCACGGCACUAGCUUUGCUCUAUUCUGAUAAGCUAGUUACUCGAAACGAUCCAAACUCGAGUUCUGUGCACAUGAUGUGUCACUGAUGGGUAAAACCUUUGAAAUAGAAAUAUAUCCAUGGACUUUCACAUUGUACGGUAGCCUUGUUACUGUCAUUCAGAGCACUGAAGA